AUGAGCACAAAACAGUGCAGCCACCACAAAGACCGCCGAAAGCGGAUCAUCCGCCGCGUCUGCUCCGUCCUCCUCGUCAUCCUCUUCAUCUGCCUCCUCACCUUCCUCAUCAUCUGGGCCGUUCUCCAGCCCAAAAAGCCCCGCUUCACCCUCCAGGACGCCACCAUCUACGCCUUCAACGUCACCGCCGUCCCCAACCUCCUCACCUCCAACUUCCAAGUCACCGUCACUUCCCGAAACCCCAACAGCAAAAUCGGAAUCUACUACGACAAGCUCGACAUCUUCGCCACCUACCGGAGCCAACAAAUCACUUACUUCACCACCAUCCUCCCCGCCUACCAGGGCCACAAAGACACCAACGUCUGGUCGCCGUUUAUUUACGGCACCAACGUCCCGGUGGCGCCGUACAACGGGGUGGCGUUGAGCCAGGACCAGGCCAGCGGGGACAUACUGUUGAUGAUCAAGAUGAAUGGACGGGUGAGAUGGAAAGUUGGAUCCUUCACUUCGGGUCGGUAUCAUAUUCAUGUGACGUGUCCAGCGUAUAUCCCGUUUGGUAAUAAUCGUAACAGCGGCAUCGCUGUCGGUAGCGCCGUUAAGUACCAGCUCUCCACCAAGUGCAAAGUCAGUGUCUAAAUCUGUGAAUCCGCUUCGACGCCGUUAAGUUCUCUCUUAUACCGUUAUACGAACUUUGAUUAAUUUUGUAUACUUGGUGAAUUGUAAAUUUUGCUAAAUAAUUUAGAGAAUAAGCAAAUUCCUAUAGCAAAAUUACACAGUCGGUUGAUUAUUAAUGUAAAAUUAUGAUUGAAAUGGACAUAAAGUUGUUGAUCCGAAGAAAAGUCAAGAGAGGGUAUGCAAGUGAUGGGAGCUUGUGGUGUCAUUUUCUAUAUGUUAAGUUUGCUUACUUCUCGA